AGCCUUGUCAUUGCCAAACAUGUUUAAUCUAGGCGUGCAGGUCAUCAAUGGCCAAAAGACCUUUAUACCACUAGAGAACAACCCAGAGGUCCACACACAUCUAUGUAAGAACCUCGGAGUAUCCCCGAGCCUCACCUUCCAUGAUAUCCUCUGCACCACCCCAGAAAUGCUCUCCUGGAUCCCACGACCCGUAAACGCCCUCAUCCUCCUCUGCGACAAACCCAUCUACCUCGCCGCGCGGUCUGGCGUCGAACACAGCAUACCCGAGUAUCUCGGCAGCGGGGCCGACGAACCGGUACUGUGGAUGAAACAGACGAUCGGACAUGCAUGCGGACUGAUGGCAUUGCUACAUGUGGUUAUCAAUUUGGAGAAUGGGAAAUAUGUCCUGGCCGGAUCGGAGUUGGAGAAGAUUGUGAAGAGCGCAGUCGGGUUGGGGCCGGUAGAGAGGGCGCAACUGUUGUAUGAUUCGAGGUUUUUGGAAGAGGCGCAUAUGGAUGCGGCAUCGGAAGGGUGCUCAAUUGUACCGUUGCCGCAGGAGGAAUGUGGGUUUCAUUUUAUUGCUUUUGUUAAGAAAGAUGGGAAGGUUUGGGAGUUGAAUGGAGGUAUGAAUGGACCAUUAUUGCGAGGUGAAUUGGAAGGGGAUUUGUUGGGAGAAGAAGGGUUGGAUAUGACGGUAAGGGAGUUUUUACAUGCUGCCGAUACAGAAGUUCAUAGGGGGAUGAGUAUUAUUGCCGUGAAUAAUACGAUGAACGGGAUUGAAACGGACUAUCGAAGAAGGAUAUCCUGUUAUACCGUACUCUUAGAAUUAAAUCCUACAAUGACCACAGUUCUCAUCACCGGAGCCACAGGAAAACAAGGAGGCUCCGUGGUCAAGAAUCUUCUGGAGAAAAGUGCCCCUUUCAAGAUCCUCGCCGUCACUCGCGAUGUCAAUUCUGCCUUAGCAAAGAAACUCACUCAGAAGUCUCCCAGUAUCACAUUGAUCCAAGGCAACCUCGACGACCCGGCUGCCAUCUUCGAGAAUGUAAAGCAUCAAAUCUCAUCCCCAGUUUGGGGCGUGUUCAGUGUCCAAACCGCCAAUCCUAGAAACGACGACGAAAGACGCCAAGGAAUCGCUAUGAUAGAUGAGUCCAUCAAACAAGGCGUCAAGUACUUCGUAUACAGCUCCGUCGACCGCGGCGGCGAGAGAUCAGAUCAAAACCCAACCCGAGUCCCACCUUUCAUUUUCAAACACGAGAUCGAGAAGUAUCUCAAAAAGAAAACAAAGGGAACCGAUAUGGAAUGGACGAUUCUCCGACCCGCUGCCUUCUUCGAGAACUUCACGCCGGAUUACCUCGGCAAGGUGUUUACGACUGCAUGGCAGAUGUCUUUGAAGGGCAAGCCGCUGCAAUUAGUUGCGACCAGUGACAUUGGAUUCUUUGCUGCGGCGGCAUUUAUGAACCCCGAAGCAUCGAAGAAUCAUGCAUUCUCGCUUGCUGGGGAUGAAUUGACGUUUGAUCAGAUGUCAGAGUCCUUCAAGAAGUUGACUGGCAAGAAGGUACCGACCACUUAUUGGAUUCCGGUGUGGUUGAUGAUGGCGGUUUUCAAGGAGCUGGGUAUGAUGUUCCAAUGGUUCCAUGAUGAGGGAUAUGGUGCAGAUAUUCCUUCUUUGAAGAAGUUGAAUCCUGCCUUGAAGACAUUUGAGGAUUGGUUGAAGGAAGAUAGCCAAUUCGAGACACGUUAG